GCUGCCAAGUGUCAAUGCAAAAAGAAAGUCCCUAGUAGUUGUGUGAAAAGUGAGGUUAUAUCGAUUCAAACAAAAAUGAGUUUAAAUCUAUUUACAAAAAGUAAAAAUUUACUACAAUAUGCAAAUACUCUCGCCAGGUUUUAUAGCACAAAACCGGCCGAAGAAAUUAAAAACAUGGUCAACAAUAACAAAGUUGUGGUUUUUAUGAAGGGGGUUCCAGAACAGCCCCGUUGUGGUUUUAGCAAUGCAGUAGUACAAAUUUUACGAAUGCAUGGGGUCCAGUAUGACGCUCAUGAUGUCCUAUCUGAUGAAUCGUUGAGACAGGGGAUUAAGGAGUUUUCAAAUUGGCCCACAAUACCACAAGUUUUUAUUAACGGCGAAUUUGUUGGGGGCUGUGAUAUUAUGCUUCAAAUGCAUCAGUCAGGAGAUCUGAUCGAAGAGUUGGAGAAGGUUGGGAUUAAAAGUGCACUUUUGCUGGAGAAGGAAAAGAAAGAUGCAGAAAAGAAAUCUUAAACUAAAAAAAUGUAUGCGUUCUAGGGACUGAUAUCUGCUGUACAUAAUAGAAUCUUAAUUAACUUGUUUUUGUGUAGUUGUUUCAUUAAUAAAAAGUUAUUGAGGAAAA